AUGGCAACGACAAGCUCACAAGCAUCUCCAGUGCCAUUCAAUACUGCGCCUAAUGGACCCCCGCAAAGAUCAGGCAGCGGGCUCGGUCGUCCAGCCUCCGCCAGGUCAAAGAGAUUGAGCAUCGGAAGCGCAGAGGAACUCGCAGCAGCACAGAAUUAUGGAAUGAUACCACCUAUGGCACCAGCUGCACCAGAGCCGCCGAGAGGGCCGCCAGUCUCAUUUCGAAACAGCCCUAUGCUAGAGCGAGCGGACAUGCCAUAUCGAGGUGCUGUCCCUCGGUCAUUUUCUGUUAGGUCAAGAAACCAAACUCCAGAAAGUGUCCAUGCGCUGGAGACUAUUGGAUACGAAGAUGGCAAUGGCGCACCAUAUGAACAGCUUCAAUAUCCACCUUCAGGGCGGCGUGUUUCAGCAGGUCACCCAACCUACGCAACUCCUCCACCGGCAAUGGCUAAUUCACCCUCACAAGCGUCGCCAAUGAAUCGAGUACGAAACUCACGAGGACCUUCAGAGGCACUUUCGCGACCGACAUCAGAAAGUCAGGCUUCCCCAGUCAGUCGCUCGAGCACUGUUCGAUCCACAACGAGCGAUAAAUUCAGCGCACCUACGGGUCGAUCUCCCCUACAGCAACUAGAGGGCAGGCUUGUUGGAAUGAGCAAGGAGGAAAAGAGAGCGCGAGUGAUAGAAGCCGAAAAGAGAUUGCGCGAGAAGAUGGCAAAUCGUGAGAGUCAGCGAGGAAGUCUUGCUGUGCCAGAUGCUCCCGUGAAUACCAAAGCAGACACAGCAGAAAACCAACAAAAUUUCUCGCAACCGGAUGUUUCUAGAGAUACCCCCGAGUUUCAACCUCAAAAGAGACAGGCUUCUGUUAGUCGCAAACCUGUUGUCCCUGAACACGCCCAAUAUGCCACGGUGCAGACAACUCAGGAGCCUCAGUAUGCGCUCAGUCAGGAUAGCCAAAGAAUGCAUGGUCCUCCUUCACAACCACAACAGAGACACCAAAGCGGGCGUCAGCGUAUCCCUCCUGUGAAUGGACAAUCCGUUCCACCAGCACAAUACCGCAAUAGGCAAGUGAGUCCAGGUGUUUAUGACCCCUCACCAAUAGCACCAGGCAUUCAAAGGACAGGAAGCAUCAAAACACAGAGACAAAUAAGGCCAAAUUACGAUACGCAGCGGCCUGUAACUUCUGCAGGUGGCCAGCCAAUACCAGCCGCUCAAGAUGCUCGUCCUGUAACCUCAUAUAAUGAACAAACAUUCCUAGAUCCCGACACUGAAGUUCGUCCUACUCAUUUUGCUGGGGAGGCUCUCAACCAAGCUGUCGGUGGACAGCAACAAACACCAGAAGACGCUCGUGAUGUGUCCCCUGCAUUAAAGAAAUCAAAACGGAACACUGUGUCCUUCGAUGUCCCACCGCCAACACCUCCUCCCCUGGAUGAAUGGCGAAAAGCUCCGGUAGCAAUAUUACGCCUCAUUGACCGAGACUUUGAGCGUCUUGACGUCGACAAAGGGAAGGCGUGGUGGGAAAAGGGCAGCUCGAAACGACGACAAAGCCGAGCUCUUCCGAACAACUAUCGCAAACCUACGCCCAAAGUGAACGAACGCAACCGAUUCAACCCUUUGCUCUUUUUGAAGUGUGGCCCGUUGUUACGUUAUCUUGGAAUUAGGAAGGCAACCGUUGAUGGACCCCAAGGGCCUACCGAGCAAGAAGUAUGGCGCGGAAGUGUCAUGAUCGUCACAACGGAUUCGAUGUCGUCGCUAGAAACGCCACCAACGUUGCGUCUCUUUGCCCAGCCCAUGGAUCUUCUGCCUCCUCCUCCACAACAGAUCAAUGACGAGGAGGGAGCUCAACUAGCCCCCGAAUAUGUAGAUCCAGUCGCUGGAUUGGUGAAACUUGGUCGUGAUGGUCGCGCAUUAUACGUCAAGCCCGUUGAUCAUUUGGAAGAAGGGGUUGAUCUUUCAUCCGUGGAGAGUGAGGAUGGUCUUUUCGAGAGUUCUCGCAGCCCUAUAGAUUAUGGGACCGACCAGAACAAAGGAUCGACGUCUAUACCAAGUAACAGACUUCAUCCAGUCAAUGGAGAGAAUAGUGGUUUGUAUGAAGAGGUGCAAGGAUUUCGUCUGUAUUCCGAUCCUGCAAGAGAUGUGACCUUCUGGCGGUUCAACAUUGAAGUCGAACUAGGAGACAAACAGGAACGCAUCGCGUAUCGCAUCAAUGAAGGGCCGGCCAUUGGAUUCUGGGUUCCGGCAAAGGGUCAGUCGAUGAACAUUAUGUUCCAUUCCUGCAACGGAUUCAGUCUAUCUGUUGAUCGCAACAAGUUCAGUGGACCCGACCCCCUUUGGCGAGACGUGCUCAAUGAACAUCAAACACGUCCAUUCCACGUGAUGCUUGGUGGAGGAGAUCAGCUUUAUUGCGAUAAGGUCAUGCAGGAUUCGGAACAAUUCGAAGAGUGGACGCGCAUCAAGAAUCCACACCACAAGAACAAUGCACCGCUUAGUCCAGCAUUCAAGGCUGAGCUGGAAAGCUUCUACCUAAAUCACUACGCAGCAUGCUUCUCACGUGGCCUCUUCAGUCUGGCUAACUGUCAGAUUCCCAUGGUCAAUAUUUGGGAUGAUCACGACAUUAUUGAUGGAUUUGGCUCGUAUCCUGACCACCUCAUGCGGUCACCUGUCUUUUCUGGCUUGGGUAAUGUCGCUUUCAAAUACUAUAUGUUAUUCCAGCAUCAGAGUUUACCUGAAGAGACUGAGGCCGACGAACCCAGCUGGCUUCUAGGAGCUGAUGUGGGCCCAUAUAUCAAGGAGAGAAGCCGCAGUCUUUUCAUGUCUUUAGGAAAGGGAGUAUCGUUCUUGGGCAUUGACUGUCGUACUGAACGCAUGCGCGAGGAAGUUGUUAGCGAACAUACGUACGAUUUGAUUUGGGACCGUUGUUACCGUGAGAUUGAGCGCGGUCAAGUCAAACAUUUGAUUGUGCUCUUGGGAGUGCCUAUUGCCUACCCUCGACUUGUCUGGCUUGAAAACAUCCUGAGCAGUCGAGCAAUGGAUCCUGUCAAAGCUCUUACUAGGGCAGGUCUCUUCUCUGGUUUUGUCAACAAAUUUGAUGGUGGUGUUGAGAUCCUUGAUGACGUGGACGAUCACUGGACGGCGAAGCAUCACAAGACAGAGAGGACGUUGUUGAUUGAAGACUUGCAAGAUCUCGCAGCAGAGAAAUCUGUGCGCAUUACAAUCCUAGGUGGCGAUGUCCACCUCGCUGCAAUCGGCCAAUUCUACUCAAACCCAACUCUCGGUAUUCCCAAGGAUAAGGAUUACCGCUACAUGCCAAAUGUCAUUUCGUCGGCUAUUGUGAAUGCACCGCCUCCCGAAAUGCUGGCUGACUUCCUCAACAAGCGAAACAAGGUCCAUCAUAUGGACUCGAAUACGGAUGAAGAUAUGAUUCCUAUUUUCACGCAUGAUGUGGAUGGUAAGAACAGGAAUAAUAAGAGAUUGCUUCCGCGUCGGAAUUGGUGUUCUAUUCGCGAGUAUCAUCCAGGAACAACUCCCCCGCCAACACCACCAACCCCCGUCGAGACUCCUGAUAUUGAACCAGAAAAUGCACGACCAGGACUACUCAAACGCACAUUGUCCUUGGGUCGCGGAGAGAGCCAGCCCCAUCCAAGUACCGGUCUACUUAGACGUCGAUCCGGCCGGGGCGCUCCACCAACAAAAGACUUCAACCUCGACAACGCGCAACAACGUCGCUUCAGCACCGACGCAACUGCUACACGCCGCCCACCCGAGAACGGUGACAGCUAUUUUGCCGCAUCCGACGAGCCACGACCGGGUCCAUUCCAUCGCCGAACCACCGAUCUUUCCGCCAAAGCAUCCAAAAAGGCAGCCCCCACCGCUGAUGGGGAGACCUUUGUCAAUCUCGAAGGAGGAUUGGAUAUCACAUUGAAUUGUGAAGUAAACCCCCAAGACCCAGCUGGUAUCACGACUCCGUACAAACUACUCGUUCCAGCUCUGUGGUUCGAAGGCAAUGGCUUUGAUCCUGAGCCACAGCCUAUAAGGAAAGGGUGGAGGAAGUGGUUGGGCAGAGGGAAGCCGAAACGAGGUCAUCCGCAACAACAUGAUGAUCACCAACAAGAAGUCCAUGGCCAUGCGGACAGUGCACAGCAAGCGAGGGAUGUAAAUGCCGGCUCGUAUGAUGAUGACGAUGACGACGAUGAUGAGGAUGAAGAGGAAUAUCGUCAAGGCCACGGCGCUCCACAAACACAUCCCUAUGCGCAAGGCGCGGCGCAAUAUGACGAUGAGGCGUACAGUGACGAGGAAUUAGAUACGCCUCCCAAGAGGAAGAAGUGGUUGGGUCUUGUUUAA